UUCUACAAUGUUUCAUCAUGAGGAGCGGGCUUUCCAUUCAGACAACAGAAUGGAUUCAUACCCCAACAACAAGAUUAACAGAAGGAGAUGUGGAAUGUUUUUCUGAAUACAUGGAGAUGUGGAUACACAAUGUGAGGAUUGAAGGGUUGAGACUCUGGCUGUCUGGUGCCCUAAAGAUCCAAGUCAACCUUGCUUCUCUGGAUAACCUAAACCUCCAGCUGUCUGCCUGUGGAUUCUCACUGCACAGAGACCCUGACAAGAACUUUAUUUUUAGAGUGAGUUAUACUGGAUGUUUCGUCCAGCAGCAGAAUGGCUUUCAUGCCCUUACACUAAAUUUGGUGAAGAGGAUAAACCGAUUCGGGGGAAGACCUCAUAGUUUCAUGAUGAAGUGUCCCGUGGUUUCUGUACUGCCAAGCAGAGAGCAAAUCCAGUGUGACCCAGAGUGUAUUCAGGUGACCAGACAAGUUCCCCAUGACAACUGGAACAAUGAGUUGCAGUGGUCGCUGUCUCUGAGCAAUCACCUCGUUGUAGCUCUGGAGGAUGCUAGCCUGAUCCAGAUGAACAUUGACAUUAGCGGACCAGACAUAACAGUUCAAGGCAGGAGAAGGGAGGUCUUGAUCCCUGUCGAAGUUUUGGAAAAUGAAGGGGAGUUCCUGUCCUUGAAGCUGGUCAGUGGUCAGUAUGCCUAUAGUAUGGAAGCUACUUGUCCAAAAGUGACUGCAUCCACACCAGAGGAGACUGUGCUGCAUAUUUUCAAACGACGUAUGGGUUUGACCAAGCGAGGCAGUCGUGACAACGAAGAACUAACAGUCAGUGAUGUGUCGGUGAACCAGACAGAUAAUUUCACUGCGCAUGAGACAAGUGAAUUUGUGACACUGAUCAUUCCUACAGCCCAAAUACUCCAGACCAAGACCUGUGCAGACAGGACACAACUCCUGCAGCCAUUUUACAGGGUGGAUGUUGUUCUCACCUUCAAAGAGACAAAUCACAAAAUGCACUGGACCAUGGAGAACACACUGCCAUGCACAGCCAGGCCUGCUGGUUCACACAUCACAUCCUCUCCCGUUCCAAACACCACAGCUUCCUCAACGCUCAACUUUAAACAUGAGAGAUUAACUACAGAAGAGCCGUUGGAUCACCUAAAUGAGAAAGCUCCAUUCGAAGAGAUGACUACAACUAAUUCACCUGAUACACAGACGGAGGCCCACAGUUUUGAUUUCCACCGUGAUGAGAGUCAAAGUGGAAAUUUGUCCUCUGGAUUAAACAGAGACACCUUUGCUUCUAUUAAUGCCACUGAAAUAAGCAGUUUUGAUUCUCCAAAUGCCACUACACAUUCUUCAGCAGAGCCAAAUGUCCUUGAGUCACCAGCCACAGCUGAAACAUCAGAAACAUUUGUUCUCACAACGGUUCGACUUGAACAAGAGUACCAACAAUUCAACACAACCAGUGGGAAUAAAGCACAGCAAAAGCAGAAAAGACUGGAGUGGAUUUGGGAGGACUAGAAACCUGGCAGAAACAGCAUUAUCCAGUGUAUCAAUUCUGCAAGCAACAACUUUUUAAAGCUUUGGUCUUUUUAGGUAUCAGCUUAGCAAACUAGAGCAUAAUUCAUAUCAAAACAAUAGAAAAGGACUCACAUUGUCAAAUUCAAAUACCAUGUUACCCAUCACUAAAAUCUUUAUAUGGUUUAUUAAAUAACAUUUUCCUUAGUUUUGUGUUUUCUAUGUCGCUCUAGAUUUCAAAUACAGUUCCACCGUAGUGACAACAUACCUUAAGGCCUUUUUAUUCACUUCUUGUUUUUUUAAAUUGUCAUUGGUGCCUCGUGC